GGUUACAUUCUAAGAGGUGAUCAAUGAUAGAAGCCAUGCCGGUCCUCUCAGCAGGUGCAGGGCUGCACGAGACACUGGCCCUGCUCACCUCUCAACUGCGUCCUGAUGCUAAUCACAAAGAGGACAUGGUCUUCCUCAGAGAUGUUUUCAGUGAGAGGAGCCUGACCUACCUCAUGAAGAUCCACGAGAAGCUGCGUCAGUAUGAAAGGCAGAGCCCCAUUCCAGUGCUCCAUAGCGCUUCCUCUCUCGCGGAAGAUGUUGCUGAGGAGCUGCAGAGCGGCCCCAUGAGUGUCGAUGAGAAAGAGCUGCUCCACCUGCUGACAUCGCCUCACUUACGGGCGCUACUAUCUGUGCACGACACUGUGGCACAGAAAAACUUUGACCCUGUACUGCCUCCACUUCCUGACGACUUCGAGGACGAGUUGGAGGAAGAGUCAGUCAAGAUUGUACGCCUGGUUAAGAACAAAGAGCCGCUGGGGGCCACCAUACGGCGUGAUGACUCUACAGGAGCCGUCAUUGUAGCACGAGUUAUGAAAGGCGGAGCUGCUGACAGGAGUGGUCUGGUGCAUAUAGGUGAUGAACUUCGAGAAGUGAAUGGCAUUUCUGUAAUGCACAAAAGGCCUGACGAGAUCAGCCAACUAUUAUCUCAGUCUCAAGGCUCCAUCACAUUAAAGAUCAUCCCUGCCAUUAAGAAAGACGACAGGCUGAAAGAAAGCAAGGUCUUCAUGCGGGCACUGUUCGACUAUGUCCCUUUAGAAGACAGGGCCACACCCUGUCAGGAGGCGGGACUACCGUUUAAGCGUGGAGACAUCCUGCAGGUUGUAAGUCAGGACGAUGCCACCUGGUGGCAGGCGAAGGUAGUCGGCGAUAGAAACCUGCGUGCCGGGCUUAUCCCGUCCAAACAGUUUCAGGAGAGGCGGUUGGCCUACAGACAGAAAAUGGGCAGCUUACCGAAUUCUAAAUCACUCAAACAAACUGCAUAUGACCAGGGAUGUGACAAAGAGGACUGUGACUGUGAGGGCUAUUUCAAUGGACACUACAUAGCCGGUUUGCGAAGAAGUUUCCGUCUGAGCCGGAAGGAUCGGCACAGCUCAUCAGGGGAUGCCAACACGUCUGACCCAACCGAGCCGGAGCUGCUAACCUAUGAGGAAGUGACACGAUACCAGCAACGGUCCUGUGAAAGACCUCGGCUUGUGGUGCUCAUUGGGUCUCUCGGAGCACGAAUUAAUGAGCUGAAGCAGAAAGUAAUAGCGGAAAACCCUCAUCGCUAUGCUGUGGCUGUACCCCACACGACACGGCCGCGGAAGAGCCAUGAGAAGGAGGGGGUCGAGUACCACUUUGUCUCCAAGCAGGCCUUCGAAGCUGACGCUCAAAACAACAAGUUUAUCGAGUAUGGCGAGUAUAAGGACAACCAGUACGGCACAAGCAUAGAGGCCAUCCGCUCCGUCCAAGCCAAGAACAAGAUGUGUCUGGUGGAUGUGCAGCCUGAGGCGUUACACACCCUGAGGACCGCUGAGUUUAAGCCUUACGUUAUCUUUGUGAAACCUCGGAUCCCUGAGGGCCGUAGACGUCGCAGCGCGUCCUCGCCCGCGGCGGGAGAGCACGGGAGACUCACGGAGGAAGACCUGCAGGAGAUGCGUCAGUCAGCGCAGCAGAUUGAGCAGGAGUACGGCCACCUGGUUGACCGGGUCCUGAUUAAGGAGGACACCGCGAGUGCCUGUGCAGAACUGCGUGUUAUCCUUGAGCGCCUGGAGAGGGAGGCCUUCUGGCUGCCAGUCAGCUGGGUCAGGAACUAAAAAGCUUCCAGGAGAAAAACAGGACAUAUGAAUACAUUCUCAGCAUAACUGAGGUCUUUCUGUGGACGAGAAGGCAAGAAGGACAAUUCCAGAAGUCAGAGGGAACUCUUCUCGAAAGCGAGGGGAGAAAAAUAUUGAUCUUUUAAAGUUUGAUAGACUUGGGGCGUUUAAAAAAAAAAAAACUUCUCCACACCAAUAUGCACACACAGUAUGGGCAAGGAUUCUACAUAUGCACCAUGGCUGCUUCUGUUCUGAAUUCUGUUUUUAGAUAUCAGUUUAUUUAUUUAAAUUAUGUUCAUUAUUUUAUUAACAGUUUUAGAAUUAUAUUUAAAGAACCAUGCACUGUGUCAAAAAAAAAAAAAAAAAAAGAAAAACAUUGUACACUUAUUCCCAAGUGUAGAUUAUAGUAGAAAGAUAAGUUACACACUGCCUGGUCAAAAAUAAUGAAGAGGACACACACUAAUAUUUCAUUGGACCUUUUGCUUUGAUUACGGUCAUGGCAUUCUUUUGUCACACCUUUAUUGUACAUUAAUUUCUCUCCAUCCUGAGGCCCACACAGGCUUGUAUGGAAGACAGUAGGCAUUAAGGUUGCAUCACUUCACCUGCUUCUCCUUAUAACCUUAUGCACCAUCAUCCCAAAACAGGGUAAAUCUACACUCAUCAGACCACAUGACCCUUUCCCAAAGCUCCACAAACCAUUCUUCAUGCUUCCUAGCUAAGCCUUUUGAAGCCUUUUUCCCUCUUAAUGAUAAGUGAUUCUUAAGGCUACACAGCUGUUUAGUCCCAGUCCCUUGAGUUCUCUUCGCAUUGUGCAUGUGGAAAUACUCUUACUUUGACUACUUAACAUACGGUGGUCACAAGUUCUAUGGUAAAAACUCAAUACAAAGCAUACUUAAAUUGAACAUUUCGGCAGUGCCAUGACUGACGUUGAUCAUGUGACAAUGAUCGAGGCCAGGAUCUUCCUCAAUUCUUCUCCAACUGCUGUCAUAUGACCGACAUCGAUUAUCGGUUUGUAUGUUUUGUAUUAUGAUUUUGAAUAGAUAUCUUAUCUUUCUAAAUGAAUCUGAUAACCUUUUUUGGACACGUAUACUAUAUUAUUUCAUCCCAAGUGUUUAUAGCAACUGCUAAACUUUUUAGACUAAACUGAUUACCCUGACAACCUCUGACCUUUCUAAUUUGGAAACAACAACAAUAACAACAACAACAACUCAAAAUACAUCUAGUUGUCAUUCAUGAUGAAACACAUUCCAUAUGCAUUUUAUUGAUGUGAUAUGUGUAAUUAAUGUGCAUUAUAGAUGCAUCAUAAUAGAAUGUGGCAAAAAAAAAAAAAAAAACUAAUGGAUGACCGUCAACUCAUGGUAGGGUGCAGAAGUUUGUACACCUACGCACAUGGGUGAAAUGAAGACAUUAGGUUUGGUAGGUUUCACAGGUGUAAAAACGUCAAAGUGUUAAUAUUAAGAUAUUAAUAGUGGACAAAUUAAACAAAAAAUGUUCUCCAACACAUUUUAACUGCCUACAAACAUUUAAUUCCUCCACCUUUACAUAGGGGGUGUAAACUUUUGCACUCUGUAGUGUGAUGUAAAAUGUUCCACCUUCUUCAGCUCUCUUUUUAGACUAUUCUACAGUUGAAUAUUGUUGAUUAAUGAGCAGGUGUUUUUAACGUAUUAACUAACGGUUUCCUGCAGCACAUCAAACCCAUGUUGAAUUCUGGAUAUGUUGAUAAGGCUGAGCAAAAGGAUUUUGGAUCAAAGUGUCCACGCAGCCAGUCAACAGUAGCAUCUGAUUAGAGUUUGAAUGCAAUAAAACAUUUUACUGCUUGUUUUGCA